AAGCAGUAGUAUCCGGACCACACAGAGACUCGGCAAAGAAGUGGGAGUAGUUGGAAAUCGUGAAAAAUCAAUCGAGCAAUUUCUGUGUACAGAACCCAGGUAGGAACAAUGACUAAUAAAGUACUUCCUGGGCGAUUGUGGAAAGACCUUGUGGUUGACGCCCUGAAGCAUUCAGGGGGCUGCAAGGCUGUAAGAAGGGAGGGGAAGAUAAGAAGUUCUGUAGAAUUUAAGACCUUGUACGGGCAAGGCAGAUAUGAUGAACACUGUAUUGAGAAUAUGAUGAACAUGGUAUUAAGAAUAUGAUUAUGAUAAAUAAGGUAAUUAAACACGGUGUUUAGAAAAAGGGAGGGGAAAAGGCUGUGGGCCAAAUCCCCGCAUUCUGCCCAAUAGUCCGUUGGGGCAAAUGCUGGACCCUGGAGGGCAGGAAAUACCCAGGGGUUGGAGGAGCCAACAUGAUAAGGUAUAGUCCGUUGGGACAAAUGCAGAGCCGGAGGGGGCCAAAAUACCCAAAGGAAAGAGAAGACAGGGGCCGGGGUGGACGAAGAUCACCCGGCCAACAGGACGGGGAGUCAAAGGGCAGAAGGGGAAGAUAAGUUUGGUUGAAAUUAGACCCCCGAGGGAGGUACCUAGGAGAGGACCCUGAGGGGGAAGGGGGUUUGUUAAAUAGCCUCCUUGAAGAUCCUUUAGGUCUGACAAGAACAGUUAGAUCAAUUCCUUUUCACAGAAGUGAAAAACAAGUAGUAAAGAUUAUGUUGCAGGCAGUAGAAAAACAGCAAAUAAGGAACAGAGAGAGACAGGAUGAUGAGGGAGUUACUCCCGAAAGUAGCAGAUAAGAAGACGGCAAAGGCCGGAGACACAGAGAUACAGACAGAGAGAGAGAGAGAGCCAGACACAGAGAUACAGGCAGAGAGAGAGAGAGCCAGACACAGAGAUACAGGCAGAGAGAGAGAGCCAGACACAGAGAUACAGACAGAGAGAGAGAGAGAGAGCCAGACACAGAGAUACAGGCAGAGAGAGAGAGAGCCAGACACAGAGAUACAGACAGAGAGAGAGAGCCAGACACAGAGAUACACAGAGAGAGAGAGAGAGACAGACACAGAGAUACGGACAGAGAGAGCCAGACACAGAGAUACAGAUAGAGAGAGAGAGCCAGACACAGAGAUACAGGCAGAGAGAGAGAGAGCCAGACACAGAGAUACAGAUAGAGAGAGAGAGAGAGCCAGACACAGAGAUACGGACAGAGAGAGAAAGCCAGACACAGAGAUACAGGCAGAGAGAGAGAGAGCCAGACACAGAGAUACAGACAGAGAGAGAGAGAGCCAGACAGCUUUACUCAGAGAGUGGUAGCUGUGUGGAAUGAGCCUCCAGUGAAGGGUGGUGGAGGCAGGUUCGAUAUAUGGUUAUAUGGUAUACCCUUAGAAAGUAUUUGCUGAUGUGGACAAUUUGUUGGUUUGUUCCACAAGUGAAGAGAGAGAAAUACUUCAGAAUAUAAGACAGCAGAUGAUGACCUUGGGAAAGGCAGGAUAUAGUUCAGACUAGAUUGGAAAUUUUGAAAUUGUAUGGUGAAAUGGAAAAAGUACAUGUCAAAGAAGUUAAAUUAAAAUGCAGACAAAGCAGCUGAAACAGCAUCUGGAAGAGAUGUCCAGGGUAAGUCUGAAUCGAUUUAGGUAUGAGCACUGUAGUGUCGUUUAUGCUGAAUAAGGUAAUUAAGAGGUUUGGUAAACCCACAGAAAUCAGCUUUGACAACGGAUUGUUUUCAUUUGAUGAAAAGAAUAAAUGGAACAUUGAAGGUUAAAAUAAAUAAGAUUUGUGUAAUGCUCUGCCAUUGGCACUGAAGAAAUGUUGCAUGCAAACUAACCAGCAGGUGACACAAUGGAGAAGUUCCUGCAAGGGACCGAGUUUGGAACAGUUACAGAUAGAAUUUAAAAAGUAUAUGAAACAGUUAAUAAUGAUAUACAAGUCUAUUUAUGAACAGGUAAAGUAAAAGCUGUCGGAGAUGGACCAGGAGGAAGGACCCUUUAAACCUGAAGACAAGGUGUAUGUAUUUAUUCGGCCAAAUUUUAGAGCAGGUAUUGGAGGAUUUCCCAGGUCACGGGGAAACGCAACUAUUACAGUAUGUGGAUGACCUCCUUUUGUCAGGAGCAAGAGAAAUGGAAGUGAGGGAUGCCACAAUAAGCCUGUUAAACUUCUUGGGAAGGAAGGGGUUAAGAGUGUCCCGUAACAAGCUUCAAUUUGUGAAACAAGAGGUAAAAUAUCUGGGACAUCUGAUAAGUGGAGGAAAGAGACGAAUAAACCCCGAAAGGAUAGCUGGGAUCACGAGAGUACCACUACCAAAGAAUAAGAAAGAGAUCCGAAAAUUCCUGGGAUUGAUAGGAUACUGUCGACUGUGGAUAGAUGAUUACUCCAGACAAGUAAAAUUCCUGUAUGAUAAAUUGGGAGAAGAAAAAGACAAAGUUCAGUGGACUCCAGAACAGGAGGUGAAAUUUGGGAAAUUAAAGAACAGUUUGAUUACUGCUCCCGUGUUGGCUCUGCCCUCAGUAGAACAACCUUUCCACCUGUUUGUAAAUUCAGACAAGGGGGUGGCACUAGGGGUACUCACCCAGAAAAGAGGGGGAAAUCGACAGCCAGUGGCCUUCCUCUCAAAAAUAUUAGAUCCAGUCUGCAGGGGAUGGCCGGGAUGCAUACAAGCGGUAGCAGCUACCGCAAUAUUGGUGGAAGAGAGUAGGAAAUUAACCUUUGGAGGCACUCUGGUUGUUUCUACACCACACACAGUAAGAACCAUACUCACUCAGAAAUCCAACAGAUGGUUAACAGACUCCAGACUUUUAAAGUAUGAGGCCAUCCUGAUGGAAAAAGACGAUUUGAUGAUAAUUACGGAUAAGAACCUUAACCCGUCCCAAUUCCUGUAUCCAGCAGAGAAACAGGGUGACAAGGAAGAGGGCCCAGUACACUGCUGUAGUGAAAUAAUAGAUUUACAGACAAAAAGUAGAGAAGACUUAGAAGAGCAACCUCUGGCUGAGGGCAGCCGGUGGUUCAUAGAUGGAUCCACCAGGUGCAUAGAUGGAAAAAGACAUAGUGGGUACGGUAUAGUGAACGGGGAAACUAUGGAGGAAAUUGAAAGCGGCAGGCUGCCUGGUAGUUGGUCAGCUCAAUCUUGUGAAUUAUAUGCAUUAAUGAGAGCUUUGGAAUUAUUGGAGGGGAAGGAAGGAACAGUAUAUACCGAUUCAAAAUACGCUUUUGGAGUAGUACACACCUUUGGGAAGAUCUGGAAAGAGCGAGGAAUGAUAACAACUCGAGGUAAAGAACUAGCACAUGAGCAAUUGAUAGGACAGACACUGGAAGCAUUGCAAAAACCAGAACGAAUAGCCAUAGCACAUGUGGCAGGGCAUCAGAAGGGUAACACCCUGGAGGCCAGAGGAAAUAGGGCAGUGGAUGAGGUUGCAAAAAGAGCAGCCACAGAACAGAUGGUAGAAAUGAAGUCACUAAUACCGUUAAGGGAACCAGAGGAAAAGAUACCUAUCUUUAGUGAGAAAGAACAGGAAAACAUGAAAGAAAUGGGGGCUCAGCGUACUUCAAAUGGGAAAUGGUGGACACCAAAUGGAAAGCAGCUAUUGAACAAAGAAAUAAUGAGGGAGUUAUUAGGGAGAUUACAUGGACAAAGCCAUUGGGGAACACAAGCCCUCUGUGACACCCUCCUCAGAACCUACGCUUGCUGUGGGAUGUUUACCAUGGCCAAACAGGUCAUAAGGGGCUGUGUAAUAUGUCAGCGAAUUAAUAAGAAAAUCAUGAGAGCAGUCCCAGGAGGAGGACAACCAUUAGCAGUUAGGCCCUUCCAAAGAAUACAGAUAGAUUUUACCGAGCUGCCCCGGGUACGAACAUGGAAGUACCUGUUAGUGGUAGUGGACCAUUUCACCAGAUGGGUAGAGGCAUUCCCCACGGCAACUGCCACCACACAGGUGGUAGCCAAGAUAUUAUUAGAACAAAUUAUACCCAGAUAUGGGAUUGUGGAAACAAUAGACUCAGAUAGAGGGACCCAUUUUGCCUCAAAGACACAUGAAAUGAUAUGUGAAGCACUGGGAAUAGAAUGGAAAUUGCAUACACCAUGGCAUCCCCAGAGCUCAGGAAAGGUGGAAAGAAUGAAUGGCACCUUAAAGACACAAAUUACCAAGUUGAUAGAGGAAACGAGACUCCCCUGGACUAAGUGCCUCCCGAUAGCCCUGUUGAGAAUCCGAACGGCACCUCGAAAAGACAUAGGGAUAUCACCAUAUGAAAUGCUAUUCGGGCUCCCAUACUUAGGGAAGAUAGAAGGAGUCCCAACAAUACAAGGGAACGAUGUGUUCCUGAGGAACUAUUUACUGGCAGUGUCCCAAUCUCUUGCAGAACUAAAAAUUAAAGGAUUGCUGGCCCAGAGCCCACCACUGGACUUUCCAAUUCACUCAGUCAAGGCUGGAGACUGGGUAUUAAUAAAAACGUGGAAAGAAGAAAAGCUGCAACCUAAGUGGACUGGACCCUACCUGGUGUUACUAAUCACCGAGACAGCAGUACGAACAAAAGAGAAAGGGUGGACACACGCAAGUCGAGUUAAGGGUCCUGUGGAGGCCCCACCAGACGAUAUCAGCCCGUGGACAGUGCGCAAAGGAGAAGAACCAUUGACUUUAAUAUUUACCAAGAACCCGCAGGAAAAAUGAAGAUUUCGUGUUGGUGGGUCGUGUGUUGGGUGGUUACCCAACUUGUAAGUAAUGUAACAUGCAUAAAAAUCACAAUACCACAAAAUAGAAGGUCCACCACCAUCCCAUUUAAUGUAUGUAAAGGAAAAAGGUGGUGCGGCUAUAGAAUGUAUGUAUGCACCCAUCCCUGUAAAGAUUGGCACGCGGUGUUUACUUCAUCAAAAUAUGGGUGGCAUCGGACCACCUAUCAAACUGAUAGGUGGAGAGUAUAUCAAAACCCAAACGAGAAAUUGCCAGGACGCGUAUAUGUGAGCAUACAGAGUGUUCAGAUACAGGAAAGUGGUAGGUAUUGGAUAUGUGCAGAUAAAACAGGGAAGGACGCAUGUCUGAAGUUUGAAAUAGAAGUCAAGCGAGAUGGGAAGAUGGUAAUAUACGAGGAUAGGGGAGAGGUGUUCAAGAUAGAUGACAGUCAGAAUAGGGAUCCCAGGGCAACACCUGUACCACCAGUAGUCAGCAAUGUCACCAGGGAAAAUGAGUCUAAGAAGCUGAAGAUAAUGAUAGUAGCAGGAGAAACAGGAUUAAGGCAGUUAUAUGAGAAGGGAAUACCAACAGGGGGAAAAGGAGCCAACACCUGGCUUGCCUGGAUGAUGUACACAGCCAGAAGUAUGCAACGAACCAAUUGUUACGCCUGCGCUGGAGCUAGGCCUCAGCUGGUCCCAGUACCAUUUCCCCUGAAUUGGGAUAGAACACCUAGGGCUAUGACAUGUAUACUACAGCUAUUCACGAAUCCCCUCUUACCAAAAAAUGCGAUAUGCCAGAGUUAUCAUUACCUAUUUCCGGCCAGCAACAACAAUACGAAGGGCCGAAGGGAAGAUCCUCGACCUCCUCCAUUUACCAUUCCUUUUGGGGAGGAGUGGUUUGAGUGCUAUACAAGAAAUAACCCAGAGGGACAGGACAUGGGGGAGGUGCUCAACUGCAAUCAGACGUAUAACAUAACGGCUGAGGAACAGGGGCCAAUGUUCAAUAGCUCCUGGCUGAAAAAGCAGAUAGUCAGUAGAGCCGAUGUCUGGUGGUGGUGCGGGGAGAAUACCCUGUGGCCCCGGUUACCAGGGUCAUGGACGGGAACCUGUACCCUCAUACAACUGAUGAUGCCCUUCACCAUAGCAGUAGAACAUGCUGUAGAACUCAAUAAAGGAAGCCGACGACAAAAGAGAGAGGUGAAAGGAUCAUUCGACACACACAUCUAUAUAGAUGCGAUAGGGGUGCCAAGAGGGGUACCCGAUAAAUUUAAAGCCAGAAAUCAGAUAGCUGCGGGCUUUGAGUCCAUGCUCUUCUGGUGGUCCACAAUUAAUAAAAAUGUGGACUGGAUCAACUACUUAUACUACAAUCAACAACGCUUUAUAAAUUACACUCGAGAUGCAGUUGAAGGAUUAGCGGAACAACUGACAGCUACCAGCCAAAUGGCCUGGCAAAAUCGCAUAGCCUUGGACAUGCUACUGGCUGAGAAGGGAGGGGUGUGUGUAAUGUUUGGCGAACAAUGUUGCACAUUCAUCCCCAACAACACUGCUCCGGAUGGGUCAGUGUCAAGAGCCCUAGCAGGGCUCACCUCUCUGUCUAUCGAAUUGGCUGAGAACUCUGGAGUUGACACCUCCUGGACCAGGUUUCUAGACUCCUGGUUUGGAAAAUGGAAGCACAUCUUUACAUCUGCCCUAACAUCAGUGAUAGUCAUGGUGGGGUUACUGUGUUUGUUCGGAUGUUGUAUCAUUCCCUGCGUACGGGGAUUGGCUCAGCGAUUGAUAGAAACAGCCCUGACGAAGAACAGUGCAGCCACCAUAAUGGCCCUCAGAACACAGUAUGACCUACGAGAGGAAGAUAGGGAGGUGAAGAACCUUCUGCUAGCAUUAGAAAAGGAGGAGAUAGUAUAAAUCAAGGGUGCGUAGCAAAAAGAAAAGGAUGGAUUGUGAGGAAAGAGUUAACAGGCAUAGUUGAUUUAGACUAGGGAUAGAAAAAUAACUUAGAAAGAAAUAAGGCAGAAACCAGACUGCUAGUAGAUUAGAAAGUAACGAUAUAAGAACAGAAAGAAAUUCUAGAUAAAAAGUAACAGAGAAAGACUUCAGCAGGAGAUAGUAAAGAAAUUAGAACGAAGGGGAAAGGGACACGAAGUCACGCUCAACUACGCAUGCUUGAUGAGAUUACAUGAAUAUGUAUGCACACCCACUAUGACAAGAUGCCUAAUUUAAAUGCACAUGCGAUGCAUGAUAUGGGAGGUGUCUUUGACGUUAGGUGGGCGUUCCCAGACGUUCUCGUGGGAAACAGGGCUUUAUGUUAUGAUUGGAAGAAGCUCAAUGGGGAGGGAUGAGAAUGUGAUAAUAAUGAAAUGAACUGUAUAAAGAUAGAAAGCAUCUCCAUCUUCUUUGUGCCUCUAGUGGACCUCAGAGGAGGGGCACCUAUUCUGCAGAAUAUGAAAUUAAUAAAAACACUUCUUUGUCUGAAUUUGUCUCAAGAGCAUU